CAAGCUUAAAUCGACACAAUCUUACCAAGCUUUUGUAAAGAAAACGGCGGUCCUCCAACGAACGGCGCUUCUGAGUUAGCAUAUCGAGGAGGCUUUGCAAAGGGGAGAGAUAUAGAAUAUGAAUUUCGCAGUGAAAUCCUGCGGCAAUGGAAGAGCUAGGACAGGCGUCUUGCAAUUGGGUAAUGUAGUAAUAGAUACCCCUGCUCUUCUUAUUUCUACUCGUAAAGGUUUACCCCAUUUCAUCUCCCCCGACCUCCUCCCCACUCUUCCUUCCCCAGAUGCCCAUCUCCUCCAGUUUAGCCCUCUUCAUUUCAUUGAGGGUAUUUCUCCAAAAACAAUAUCCAGUAUUGGUGGGUUACAUCAGAUGCUUGGUUUACAUGAAUAUGGGUUUUCAGCUGUUGUGCGAGAUUCGAUUGCUUGUAUUCCUGAACAUAAAAGCACUAACAAGGCUGGAGCAUCUUUUGAAACUCCUAGUGGCCGGCGCUUGAUAACACCUUUAGAGUACAUGGAGAUGAUUUCGUGUAUGAAGCCUAGUUUAUGGGCCAGUUUAGCUGAUGAAGUACCAGCUUGGGUUUCGGAAAAGAGAAACAGAACCUCAGUGGAUCGAACUCUGAGAUGGCUUGACAGUUGCCUCAAAAUAAGCUCCACCGGUGGAGCUGUUUUUGGAACAAUUGUUGGUGGUUGUAGUGUGAAAGAGCGUCAACGUUGUGCAGAGGAAGUAGCAAUGAGAAAUGUAUCAGGAUACUGGAUCGGGGGGUUUGGGCUUGGAGAGAGCAUGGAUGAUCGGAGUACUCUUCUAAAUGCGAUUAUGGACAAUUUACCCGAUGAGAAGCCACGGCAGAUCAGUGGGCUUGAACUCCCAGAGGAGGUCUUGCAGGGUAUUGCUGCCGGUGUUGAUCUAUUUGACUCUUCGUAUAUAUAUCAUCUUAUCCAGGGAGGAUUUGCCCUUACCUUUCCAUUAGAUGGAACUAAAAUGAUCAUGGAUGAUGAUAGUGGGAGUAACCAAAUCAAGAUUAACCUUAAAGCAACUAUAUACAGGAAAGAUACUUCUCCAAUUGUCGAUGGAUGUAGCUGUUACACAUGCCAGAAUCACACAAAAGCUUAUCUGAAUCACCUGCUUAAUGUUCAUGAAAUGCUGGUUCAAACGCUUCUUGAAAUACAUAAUACCCAUCAUUAUCUUGGGUUCUUCCGUAGAAUCCGAGAGGCAAUAAAGGAAGGGAAAUUUGAACAGUUCCGACAGAAGUUCAUUCAACAAAGACGGAAUCAUCUUAUAGCAGCAGCCCCAGCAAAUGGCUAACAUUCCCACGGGAUUUUCUUCUCUUAUCAUCUAAUAUAUAGAAUGUACAUUUUUCAUCAUCUUGCAGCUGAUUAUAUAUAGCUUUAUUCUUGGGUGAUGUACCAAAUGAGAACCUAUAUUAGGUUAUUUCAGAUUAGUAUUUUGAACUGGUUGUUGAGAAGUGA